UUUUCAAUAUACGAUAAAAACAUUUUUUAUAUUUAAUAAAAUACAGAUGACAUUAACAGACAAAGAUUCAUAUUCUAUAGGAGCAUUGGUUCUUGAUUCAUCAUGCUUUAUCUCUUUUUUUGGAUUGUCAAUUAUUAAUAAAGUAUCAUGUUUAUAUACGGUUCCUAAUGUCUUAACAGAAAUUAAAGAUAAAUCAUCAUGUCAGACAUUAUCUUUAUGGAAAGAGAAAAUUAUUAUCCGAAUGCCUAAGCCAUUUUAUAUUGAAAAAAUAAUUACAUUUUCUAAAAAAACAGGAGAUUAUGAGGUUUUAAGUAUAACAGAUAUCCAUCUUCUUGCACUUACAUAUGAACUUGAAUGUGAAAUAAAUGAUAAUUCUUUUGAAUCAUAUAAAGAACUCGACAAAUCUAAAAUAGAGGAAACAUCAAAAAAAGAAGAUAUUAAUACAGCUAUUAAUGAAAAAGAUUUAUCUGAUAUUUCUAUACUUAAAGAUUCUUUUGAAGAAGAACAUAAAAAUGAAAAUUUAACGAAUAAUGUCCAUCAACUUGCAAAUGAUCUAGAAAAUAUGAAUUUCAAGGAUAUGGAUGAUGAUGAUGGAUGGAUUACACCCUCUAAUAUCCAUUAUUAUAAGUCAUUAAACAAAAGAUCAGGCACGAUUCCUAUGAAAAAAGCAGAAUAUAUAAAAGUGGCAUGUGUUACAAAUGAUUUUGCAAUACAAAAUAUUCUAUUGCAAAUGGAUUUGAAUUUAGUCUCUCCAGAGAAUGGGUUAAAAAUUAAAACGGUUAAAUCAUGGGUUUUAAGAUGUUACGCAUGUUUUAAGAUUGUUAAAGAUAUGUCGAAGAGAUUCUGUCCAGGAUGUGGAGGAAAUACACUUUUGCGUACAUCUUGUUCUAUGAAUUCUAAUGGCAAAUUUCGAAUUUAUCUCAAACGACAUAUGCAAUGGAACAAUAGAGGAACGAUCUAUCCAAUUCCUAAACCUCAACAUGGUUCUGCAUCUGGAAAAGGUUAUAAACCUAUCAUUCUUCGUGAAGAUCAAAAGGAAUAUCAAAAGGCAGUAAAAUAUCAGAAACGAAAAAAAGAAAUAAAUUUAUUAGAUCCAGACAAACUUCCGGAUAUUUUAACAGGCAAAAGAAAUACAUCUUGUCAUAAAGUAGUCAUUGGAAUGGGUAGAAGAAAUCCUAAUGAAAAGGUAAAAUCAAGAUAAAAACUAUUUUAUAAAAUAACACAUGUUUUUGGUUCACAUGAAUAU